CUUCGCAUAGGAGAAAGAGCAGUAGGAUCAUAACUGUCUAAGAUAUCAUAAAUAUAUAAUCCUCAAUCCAUAAGGCUGUCACGCAUCUACUGAAGAUAUUUUUCCCUACCCUAAAUGGAGGGAAUAAAUAACCAAAAGAUAUGGAAAUCAAGCCCUAAGAAAGUGAUGUAUGAUGCCCUAAACAUCACUAUGCUUGACGUUAAAUAAGCUAGUCAUGCAGUCUUUUUUUGGCUGCAAAAACCGUAGUCCAACCCAGAUAUCCAACAAAAGCACUGGCUUACACCCCAACCCUUCACAGAAAGCAGUUCAUCAACAACUGGUUUGCACUUAACAAUCCGAGCUCAACCAAAAUUCUCUCUGGAAUCCCUGCCUCCAUAAAUGGCGUCUCUUAUGGAACACUUCGAACCAUCUUUCCGGCGCCAUUUCUUAUCAAUUAUCUUAUUGAAAACCCAUGCAAGAUUCUCAACCAACCAAAACCUCAAGUCCUAACAUUAGCAGUAGCAGUGGCAGUAGCGGUAGCAGAACUGCUUCUGCUUCUGCUUCUGCUGCUGUGAUUGCUGGGGCUGUUGCACCUCGAGUUUCAGGCUCCCAACGUGCUUUUCGUGGAGUUCGGCGUAGAAGUAGUGGAAAAUGGGUGUCUGAAAUUAGAGAGCCUAAGAAGCCUAAUAGAAUCUGGUUAGGCACAUUUCCUAACCCUGAAAUGGCCGCUGUUGCUUAUGAUGUGGCAGCGCUUGCGCUUAAGGGCCAAAAUGCAGACCUUAACUUCCCAAACUCGGCUGCUUCUCUGCCUGUUCCUGCUUCCACUUCGCCACGUGAUAUUCAGGCGGCUGCAGCCUCUGCAGCUGCUGCUAUUGGUGCUGCAAAGGAUGCUUUAGGGAUUCCGAAUAUGGGGGAUACUAAUCAAAUGGAACAAGAAAUUACGCCAACGGUCGAUGAUCAGUUUGUUGAUGAGGAUUUGAUAUUUGAUAUGCCUAAUGUUCUUGUGAACAUGGCAGAAGGGAUGCUUCUUAGCCCUCCUCGCUUGGACAUUGCUGGUGAUGAGACCACAACCGCCUAUGAUAACACUGGAGACCAGAACCUUUGGAAAUUCCCUUGAAUCCAUCCCUAUAUGAAUAUGAUAAGAAACUAUAUUGAGUAAUCUCCAAGUUAAAUAAUAAAAACAAAAAAAAUAAGUAAAAGUUAAGUCAUGGUAUCUUGUGUCCAAAUUCUGGGGCUGAUCAGAUGUAAGAUACAGUAAGUCGGAUUGGCAUGAGUGGCUUGUUCUCUUUAUUGUUUUGUACAGGUUUCUUAUUUCCUAUGUUGGAUUUGGAGUUUUCUGUUCUA